GCAGCGGCUGCUUCCAGCUCAACCAUCGCCGCGGGCGGGCCCGGGGGAGCUCGCGUCCCCGGAUCAAGUCCCUCCCUCCGGCCCGGGCCACAGUGGGAGAUGGGGAAACUGAGUCUCAGAGAGGGGAAGUGACCCCUGUCCAGUUGGCAGAGGCAGGAUUCGCACCCGCGGCCUCCCCACUGCCUAACUUGAACUUUCUGCUCUUAUCUCGACGGGUUCUGCGUUCCGCAGGUAGGCUCGGGCCAGCUGGCCUCUGGCUCCCUUCCGCUUCGGGACCGGAGGCAGCCUAACUGGGGGAUGAAAGCACGACAUCGGCAACUUCAGAGUUUCCCAGAAAAGCAAGCAAAAUGCCUAAAAAGAAGACGGGCGCAAGGAAAAAGGCUGAAAGCCGCCGAGAGCGCGAAAAACAGCUAAGAGCAGCAAGAAGCAACGUCAACUUAGCUAAACAUCCAUGUAACGCUUCAAUGGAAUGUGAUAAAUGUCAAAGGCGACAGAAGAAUAGAGCAUUUUGUUACUUUUGUAAUUCUGUGCAGAAACUACCCUUGUGCGCACAAUGUGGAAAAACAAAAUGUAUGAUGAAAUCUUCAGAUUGUGUCAUAAAGCAUGCUGGUGUAUAUAGUACUGGCCUUUCAAUGGUGGGUGCCAUCUGUGAUUUCUGUGAAGCUUGGGUUUGCCAUGGGAGGAAAUGUCUGAGUACACAUGCUUGUCUCUGCCCUCUUACUGAUGCAGAAUGUGUUGAAUGUGAAAGAGGUGUAUGGGACCACGGAGGCAGAAUGUUCAGCUGCUCUUUUUGCCGUAACUUCCUGUGUGAAGAUGAUCAAUUUGAACAUCAAGCCAGCUGCCAGGUUUUGGAUGCAGAAACAUUUAAAUGUGUUUCCUGUAAUCGUCUGGGACAGCACUCGUGCCUUCGGUGUAAGGCCUGUUUCUGUGAUGAUCAUACAAGGAGCAAAGUGUUUAAACAAGAAAAAGGAAAAGAACCUCCCUGUCCUAAAUGUGGCCAUGAAACUCAAGAGACAAAGGAUCUGAGCAUGUCAACUCGCUCCUUAAAAUUUGGCCGGCAAAGCGGAUGCGAAGAAGUGGAUGGAGCUGCUGGGUAUGAUGGCUAUUGGAAGAAUAUUACAUCAGAACCGGCGUACCCAGAAGAAGAAGAUGAUGAUUACGAAGGAGAAGAGGAUGAGGAGGAAGAGGAGGAGGGAGGAGGAGGAACAGGAGAAAGAGGAGGAGCAGGAGAAAAGGGAUCAGGAGGAGAAAAAGGAGGAGGAGAGAGAGGAGCAGGAGGAGGAGAAAAAGGAGGAGGAGGAAAAGAUUCAGAUAUAGAGACCACAGAUCUGUUCAGUAAUAUGAAUUUAGGAAAAACUUACACCAGUGGCUAUGGUCAAUAUGAAGAGGCCGAAGACUAAGAGUGAACAUUUCUUCCACAUCUGUGAAUAGUAUCUGACAGAAAAGAGAGUGUGUGUGUGUUUGUGUGUGUGUAUAUUUGUAUUUGUUUGCGUUUGUUUGGUCAAUUGUGUAUAUGAGGUUUUCAAAAGUAGUUAGGCUUGUGCUAAAGUGUUACCAUGCUUAUUAAGGGAAAAGGGGCAUAGAUCUUUUAUAGAAAACUCAAAAUCAGAUUUGUGGCACAAGGAAAAUGAUUAUUCUUAUUCACUAAAGUAUUGAAGCAUCAUGGAUGAGAUUGUUCCUGAUUAUCUUGUGGCUUUACAACAGAACUGGAAAUAUGGGAAUGGUAGUAUAGAAGAUAAUUGUAUUUGUUGGAAAUUAAAGUUUCAUUUUUUCUUAA